AUGCCUAUAUUAUUUAUUUUUACUUUAUGUUAUUUCUUAUGUGCUUUUUGUGAUACUAUUAAAUUAAGAAAGAACGUAAAUAAUAUUACAUACAUAAAUGAGAAUAAAGAUUUAAUAUCAUUUUUUUCCCAAAAUAAAUAUAGUAACUACUUUUUUGUUAAUAAUAAUGGUUCAACGAUAAAAAAGAAUUAUAAUAAAAACAAAUUAUUUUUAAAUAUAAAUGAUUCCGCUGAAAAUUCAUUGACAAUUGAAAAAUUUAAAAGUAGUAAUGGAUACGAUUUUUUAUUUACAAAAUUAUUUAUGAAUAAUGAAGAAAAUAAAUUUUUAGUUGACUUAUGUAGUGAUAAUAGUUUUAUUUUUCAGAAAAAAACGAAAAUUUUAAAAAAUGAAAAAGAAAAUAAUAGUAAAGAAUAUAUGAGUUUAAAUUAUAAUAAUGAAAAUAUCCAAAAUACAAAAAAAGAAAUACAUCUAAAUAAUAGAAAAGUAAUUUCAGAAAAAUCUAUAAAUAUUAAUUUUGGUACAAAAAAUUUUCAUUUUUAUCUAAUAAAUAAUGAAGAAUUAAGUAAGGAUUUUGAUGGAAUAAUAGGCUUUGAUUUUUUUAAAAAUUUUGAUAAUUUUAUAUUUGAUACAAUUAAUAUGAAUAUUCUGUUGAAUGAAAAUAACUAUUCUAAUAACAAAGAGGAUUUUUAUGAAAUUAAAUUGCAUGAUUAUUUUAAUAAUAUUAAAUAUAUUAACGUGAAUGUAAAUAAUCAUUUGCAUAAAGGUAUACUAGAUACUGGUAGCUCUCGUACAAUUAUAGUUAAUAGCGAUAAUUUAUUUGAAGGAAAUAAUGAAGAAGGUAAUAUAACGAUUGAAAAUAUAUUAAACAACAAAUAUAAGGUUCAAAAAGUUUUUUUAAAUAAUUUUGAUAUUAUAUCUAGUGGAAAUAAAUUGAUUCCGAUUAAUUUAAAUACAAUUUACAAAGGCAAUCUAGAGUAUUUAGAUAGUAAUGUCGUUUUACUAGGUUUAGACUUUCUAUUAAAUAAGAAAAUUAUUUUUGAUUUAAAAAACAGAUCUCUUUAUAUUUCAAAUAAUUCUUCCAAUUCUUUAUAUGUAAAUGAAGAUAAUAUUUCCAAACAUAAAGAAAUAGACAAUUUUGCAUAUAAAAAGGAACAAAAUAAUUCCACUAAUAAAAAAAUAGAUGAAUAUCUUGUUGAACAAGAGUGUCAAAAUAUUUACGAAAAAUUGAAGAAAAAAGAAUUAAGUUUUUUGAAAAUAACAAAAGAAUUAGAAAGUGAAGAUAUUUAUAUAAAAGAUUGUAAAAGUACAAAUGAUGUAAUAAGAAGAUAUGCAAUUAAAUUAUUGUAUGGAACUAAUUAUUUAAAAAAAAAUGAUAAAAAUAAGGAAUUUGAUAUUAGAUAUAAUGAAAUGAUUAAUUUUUUCAAAAAAUUAAGUAAUGAAGAAAAACAGAAUAUGUUAAAUAAAAUUAUCAAUACAAUAAAAAAAGAUAAAAAUGAUUAUGAAAAAGCAUCCGAAAUAAUAGAAGAAUUCGUUAAUUAUGAAAUAAAUAAUAAUUUGUAUUCUUUGCAUCAAUUUAAAUCAAAUAAUGUAAAUAAAAAUAAUGAAAAAGCUUUGAAUGAAGAAUACAACAAUUUAUAUAAUUAUUACACUGCUCAUCCUGAUUACAGUUUUGAAAUUUUAAAUGAUUUUAAAAAAGAAUUAUCAUCAAAAAAAAUUAGCUUCAAUGAUUGUGAAGAUGAGAAAGAUAUUAUAAAGAGAAUAGCAGAAUCAAGGGUUUAUAAUAGCAAUAAAGAAAAUAAAAAUAAAAGUAAAAAUACAAAAAGAAACAUAAUUGUAAGAAGAUACUCAAAUGAUGAUAAUAAUGUCCAUACACAAAUAAUAAUCAGAAGAAAUGGUGUUAAUUCAGAUGAUUCUUCAAAUAGUAAUGAUGAUGAAAAUGGAUAUCAAUAUGAAAAUUUGGAUAAGAUGGAUGACUUAUUCCCAAAUUCUUUAUUCUCAGGUAUUUUUAAAAACUUUUUUGGAGAUAACAGAAAUGAAUAUAAUGAAGAAAAUAGUGAUCAAAAUCAAAAUGAUUUAUUUUCUGAAUUAAAUAACUUUUUUGGGUUUGGUAACAUUGGGGAUAAUAUGUUUAAGAAAAAAAAAAAAAGCGUAUUAGGAUUUAAAACAAAAGAACCAGAAACUAAAAAUGAUAAUAAAGAUGACACAGAUAUUUUAUCAAAAGCAAUUAAAGAAGAAAAAGAUGUUGAUAUAAUUUAUCUUUUAAAUAAAGUACAAAAAUUAAAUGAUGUUAAUUUAAAAAAUUUUAUAUUACAAUCAUUAAAAAACGAAAAUAUAAGAAAAAUUUUAGUUAAUGCUGUUAAAAAUGGAUAUAAUAAUACAUACGAAGAAUGUAAGAAACAAAACGAUAACAAAAGUAUGUAUUUAUUACAAAUGUUAAAGCAGUCGGGGAUAUUUUAA